AUGGAGCGCUCACAGAGUCGCAUCAGCCUGUCCGCGUCCUUUGAGGCUCUGGCCAUCUACUUCCCCUGCAUGAACUCCUUCGAUGAGGACGAUGGCGACCCAGAGGGCCGCAGGUUAAAGAGCAUUCAGAGGAGCACAGAGACAGGGCUGGCUGUAGAGAUGCCCAGUCGGACGGUCCGGCAGGCGAGCCACGAGUCCAUCGAGGACAGCAUGAACAGCUACGGCUCAGAGGGAAAUCUGAACUACAGUGGAAUGUGUUUGGCAUCAGAUGCUCAGUUUAGUGACUUUCUGGAUGGGAUGGGACCGGCUCAGUUUGUGGGGAGACAGACACUAGCUACAACUUCAUUGGGAGAUGUAGAGAUCGGACUGAUGGAGAGGAACGGGCAGCUGGAGGUGGAGAUCAUUCAGGCUCGAGGACUCAUCAUGAAGCCUGGAUCUAAGGGCCCUCCAGCGGCCUACAUCAAAGUGUAUCUUCUGGAAAAUGGCAUCUGCGUUGCCAAAAAGAAGACAAAGUCUGUUCGGAAAUCACUAGAUCCCCUUUACAAUCAAGUCCUUGUUUUUUCAGAGAGCCCGCAGGGAAAGGUUGUACAGGUCAUUGUUUGGGGGAACUACGGCCGGAUGGAUCGUAAAUGCUUCAUGGGUGUGGCACGCAUCCUAUUGGAGGAGCUGGAUUUGACAAACAUGGUGAUUGGCUGGUACAAGCUUUUCCCCACCUCUUCUAUGGUGGAUCCCACAAUGGCGCCGCUGAUCCGACACUCCUCACAGCUCUCUCUGGAGAGCACCGUGGGCCCGUGCUGUGAACGCUCCUAAGACCAACAACUCCACUAGAUUUAUUUUUCUCUGGAAGGGCUCUCACAGCCCCUGCCCUAAAAGUGCUGGUUGUGCAUGACUGCGGCACUGGAACCCUCUGGAAUGUUCUAGAAUUCCUUCAGAACUAAUAGCCUUUCUGGAAUAUUCCAGAAUCCACCACAGAGGAAAUGCUCUAUUUCAGCCUCUGAGAAAAAGACUUCAGGACGGUCAAAGAAUGCAGA